AUGUGGACCUUUUUAGCAAAGAACAAAAAUGAUGUAAUUUAUUUAUUUCUUCUAUUGUUUAGUGUAGCAAUAGGACCAUUCUAUAGAUCAAUUAAACUGACAAAUACAAAGAAAUGGGCUGGUACUCUUAUUGGCAUUAUAAUAAUCUUCAUCGUAUCUGGUUAUAGUGCAUUCCAUCCAAUAUUUUCAGCAUCUCUUGGAGUGAUAUUAAUUAAGUUAUCAACUGUGAGAUACUGCCACACAGUAACAUUUUUUUUCAUGUUUGCCUAUCUAUUCUUCUUCCGUUUGGCAGAUAAAUUUGGUUUACCCCUUUCAUCGGGUCAGACAAAUCUCAUACAAAUGAUAAUAGUACUUAGAGUUGUUGGAGUAGCAUUUGAAAUAAAUGGAUCUUGGAAAAUAGUUGGAAAGAAAAAGAAUGAAAAUACUGUUGAUGCUAAAAAUGAGAAAGACAAUGACUUUGUCGAGGUAAUUAAUCCAAGUUUGGAAGAUCUAUUCCAUUACUCAUUUAACUACAUUGGUCUACUUACAGGUCCUUACUACAGAUAUAGAACAUUUGAUGAUUACUUCCAUUUGCCCUUCAGCAAGUAUGUUGAUUAUUCUGGGUUCACCAUUAAUACACUGAAAAUGGUACCAUUGUAUAUUUCAUUGUAUUUGGCACUGUCCAAUCUCUGGCCUUUGGAGUACAUUUUAACAGAGAAUCACAACAAUAGGAGUUUUCUAUAUAGAAUGAUGUAUCCUUGGGCGCUGUUUGCACAAUUCCGUCAACGCAUUUAUUCUGGUAUGACCUUGGCUGAGUGUGUGUGUACUGCUGUUGGUUUAGGUGCAUAUCCUGUAGAAGGGCGCAAUAGAACGGGGCACGGGCCCACAGUUGGCUACUUAAAAUUAAAACAGAUGUCUGAAGAAGAAGCUAAAAAAGUCCAAUACGACUUUAAUACAAUAGAAUCAAUGGAUGUGUGGGGAUGUGAAACUGUGGCCACUCUUCGUGACUCCAUGAAGGUUUGGAAUAAAGCAGUGCAAUACUGGGUUGCAAUGGUUGUUUACAAGAGAUUCCCUAUAAAACCAUUGAAAGUUCACGCUGCGUUGUUUGUAUCUGUGAUAUGGCAUGGUAUCCAUGCUGGUUAUUUCUUCUGCAUUUACUUCUGUCCAUUCUAUUUGAUGGCUGAAGACAUAUACUACAAGCUUUAUUAUAAGAAUGCUACGGGAAUGAAAAAGAAAAUAAUGAGCAUCGUCAUGUGGUUCCUGAGAUCACAUUCGGAAUCUUACCAAGCAGCUGCAUUCCUCCUCUUGACAUUCGACCGCAUUUGGAUAUAUUACACAUCAAUGUACCAUUAUUGGUACGGAGUCUGGCUAGCCUUCUUAAUAUUGGGACUGGUAUUGAAUCAAUUAAACAAGACUAGUCGUUCUAAAAAGUCUGUUGAAGAAGCCUCCUCGAAGAAAAUCGAAUAA